AUGCCAAAUGCUGAUGUGAACACAACGCCAAGCGCAAAUGAAGACGCCACAGCACCACAAGUAUCCCGAGUGGCCGUAAAACCACCACCUUUUUGGAAACCUGACCCGAAGCUAUGGUUUUUACAGGUGGAGGCACAAUUUAUGCGAGCUGGGAUUACUACGGACGACUCGAAAUAUUAUACGCUGGUGGCUGAGAUCGAUUCUUCGAUAUUGAAAUGUGCAUCUGAUAUAAUAUCAACGCCACCGAUAGCCGGGAAAUAUGAGACACUCAAGGCAAGACUUAUCGACGAAUUUAGUGAAUCAGAUGACUACCGUUUCAAACGCUUGUUCGACAAUUUGGCUAUUGAAGGAAAGAAACCUUCAGGCUUGCUACGUGAAAUCAAAGAUUUAUCCGGGAAUAAAUUGGACCCGGAAAUUUUAAAAUCGUUAUGGCUGCGACAAUUGCCAACACAGGUACAACAAAUUUUGGCAACGGUAGAAGGUGACGUAAAUGUUCUUGCAAAAAAGGCCGACUGUAUGACGGAGAUACAAUAUCAACCGAAGGUGAGCCUUGUCGACGAAAGCGGAAACAUGCACAAGGCGAUAGCCGAAUUAACGAAACGAUUUGACCGCUUAGAGCAAGGCCGGGGUUAUCAUACACCGGACCGACAACAACGAUCACCUCGACGCAGAGGUUCAUCUCACCCACGUUCGUCUCGUUCGCCAUCGAACGAAAUCUGUUGGUAUCAUCGGACAUUUAAGGAGAGAGCAACUAAGUGCCGAUCACCCUGCAGUUUCCGACCACGCCCUUCGGAAAACUUGUAA